AUGCCCGGCAAGACCCCAACCGCCGUCUCCGCGCCAGGAAAGGUCUUCUUGGCCGGCGGUUACCUGGUGCUGGACCAGAAGUACACGGCGCUGGUCUUCGGUCUUAGUGCCCGCAUCAACGCCAUUGCAAAGGACAUUGAAACAAGCCAGGGCGUGCAGAUUCAGGAGAUUGUCGUCACCAGUCCUCAGUUUCCCGAGUCCCAGUGGCGGUACGGCUACCAUCUGACACCCGAGCAAGGCGGCACCCUCGUCACUCAAUUUCAAGUCGGCUCAAAAAUAAACGCCAAUCCCUUUGUCGAGACUACCCUCAGCUAUGUCUUGACCUACAUAUCCACCGUGGCCGGGCCAAAUGUCAGCCUGGCACCAGUGCACCUCACAGUCCUGGCAGACAAUGACUACUAUUCCCAGCCAGACUCCAUGAACGGCACGGCCCACGCCACGGGCCGCUUUGCAAAGUUCCCCACGCCCCUCAAGGACGCCAACAAGACAGGCCUGGGGUCGUCGGCCGCCAUCGUAACCUCGCUGACCGCCGCACUGCUGACCCACUACCUGCCCAAGUCGCUGUUUGACGUUGCGAGCGACGAGGGCAAGCGGGUCCUGCACAACCUGGCUCAGGCCGCCCACUGCGCCGCUCAGGGCAAGGUCGGCUCCGGAUUCGAUAUUGCUGCCGCCGUCUACGGCAGCUGCCGGUACCGCCGCUUCAGCCCAUCACUGCUCUCGGGUCUGCCCGCGCCGGGAAGCCCCGGAUUUGCCCCGGCCCUGGACAACCUCGUCUCCAGCGCCGACUGGGACUAUGAGAUCAGCAAGGAAGGUGUAGCCCUGCCGCCCGGCGUGGCCCUGCGCAUGUGCGACGUUGACUGCGGCAGCCAGACCGUCGGCAUGGUCAAGAAGGUCUUGGCUUGGAAAGAAAAGGACCCGGCCGAGGCCAAGACCCUCAUGGACACGCUGCAGACGAGAAAUGUAGCACUAGGUGAGAUCCUGGCCGCCGGCAAAAAGGAGGACAUUGUCCCCGCCGUCGAGCAGAUCCGCGAGCUCAUUCGGGCCAUGGGCGCCAAGAGCGACGUGCCCAUUGAGCCCGAGAGCCAGACGGCGCUGCUCGACGCCCUCAAGGAGGUCGAGGGCGUAUACAAUGGCGUCGUGCCCGGUGCCGGCGGCUUCGAUGCCGUGACACUGCUCAUGAACGACGACGCGGCGACGGAGCAGAGGCUCAAGGACUACCUCAAGGGCUGGAGCAAGCAGCACAACGAAAACGUCCGACUGCUGAAUGUCAAGGGCGAGCUGGAAGGUGUUAGGGUCGAAGGGCUCAAGGAGUACGAGGGAUGGCUGUGA